CGACAUCCUGCAGUUGUACUUUUUUCGAUUGGCUGCGGCUCUUCAGACCGGGAAUAUUUUGAAAGUAACUGGGUGUGUGCAGUUAAGUUUGUGUGUUUGUCAAACCGACACAACUUCGUAGCUCUACUGACUGUUAGCCGAUUUGAGUUUACCUAUUUACUUGGUGAAGUAGUAAGUCGUUAUUUUUAAUUAUCCAUGGAGCAAGAAGCCCGUGAAAACUCGUCUGCAGGAACGAGAAAAACUGGGGACGAGAUGACAAACAUCAUGGUGGUUGAUUUGGAGUCCUACGUUAAGGUUGAACUCGACAUGGAAAAGAAAAGAAUUGAAGUGGGGCAUAAUGUGUCCGGUAUAACGCAAGCUCUGUUUCAGAAUGAAGAGGAGGAUGAAGAUGAGAGUGAUAAUGAUGAAGAUAGUGGCACAGACCAUUUUAACUCUGAAAAGUCAGGGACUAGGCUGCAAAGAUGUGAGCGCCAUGGAGCUGCGAAUUCAAGUCUUCCUGACACCUUCCAGACCAGCCACCUGCUGUUCUAUGAGAGAUUCAAGGCGUACCAGGACUACAUGCUCGGAGACUGUAAGCCAUCUGAGGUAAAGGCCUUCACAGCAGACUAUCUGGAGAAGGUGGUGGAACCGUGUGAUUGGUUGGCUCUGUGGUCUACUAACGUCUUUGAUGUCCUGGUGGAGGUGUGUGAUGUGGACUUGAAGGAUCUGAAGGCGUGUGUGAGGCUGGUGCUGCCUUUGCAGUGUGACACGAAAGGCUGUGAACUCACUGAGGAGGCCAUGAAGUCUCUGCUGGAGGCCACUGAGCACAAAGUCCCUCUGCAGGAGCUCCAGGUGGUCUACGAGCAGUCUGGGGACUUUGAUCACACUGCCCUCGCUCUUGAGCACCUCAGGUUUUUCUAUAAACACAUCUGGAGGCAGUGGGAUGAGGAAGAUGAAGAUGAUGACUUUGACUACUUUGUUCGUUGUGUGGAGCCUCGUCUCAGGCUCUACUACGACAUCUUAGAAGACAGAGUCCCAGCAGGCCUGGUGGCAGAGUACCAGUCCCUACUGGAAAACUGCUUUCAGUGCUUCCAGCAGUUCUCUGUGUUGCGCAGUGGCCUCAGCACUGACUCAGACUCAGAGCUGGACAAUGUAUCCAUGGUGGAGGGCCUGAAGCUCUACGACCAGCUGGAGACGUUCAAACGCAAGCUGCACAUUAUUGAGAACCCCCUGUUGAGGUAUGUGCUGGGCUACAGAGGCAAUGCCAGGCAACAGUGUGUGCAGAGCCGUGGACUCAGAGCAUCAGGUAUGAAGGUGGUCCAUGUGGUCACAGCCUCCUGCAGCGCUAUCCAGCUCCAGUCCCUCCUUAGUGACAGACUGCUGCCACUGUGUUCCUCUGAGGACACCGAGAUUCAGUUCCAUAAAGACCCAGUGUCAGCGGUGGAAAAAUGCCAUCAGGGUGAUAUGGUCAUUGUUCUCCCAGGCAUCUAUAGUGUCAGCAGCUCCAUCUUCCUACCAGACUCCAUCACUGUAGAAGGCUUCGGGCUUCCUGAUGAGGUGGUGAUUGAGAAGAAAAACAAGGGUGACUCAUUUGUGGAGUCCACUGGAGCUGAUGUCAGACUUUCUAACAUCAAGUUUAUCCAACACGAUGCUAUUGAGGGCAUUCUGUGUGUGCGUCAGGGGACUCUGAACAUGGAGAACUGUGUGCUGCAGUGUGAGACCACAGGGGUGAUUGUACGAACAUCAGCCUGUCUCACCAUGAACAUGUGUGACCUGUAUGGCUCUAAGGGGGCUGGUGUGGAGAUUUACCCCGGCAGUGUUUGCAGUCUGGUUGGUAACGGUAUCCAUCACUGUAAGGACGGUGUUCUCAUCAAGGACUUUGCUGAUGAGCUUGAUGUGAUGCCGUUAAUCACCAUGGAGAACAAUGUGAUCCACAACAAUGAAGGCUAUGGGGUGAUUCUAGUGAAACCCAACAACGGGGAACAACAUGCAGUUCCUCUGGACAUAAGUGAAGAAAACCAUACUGAACCAACCGCAGAGAACAACAGCGCAGGUAGUGACGCAGCCUCAACCUCGGGCAGAAAGUGGCAGUUUAGUCGUCAGCUGAGCAAAAACAAGGAGACGUCCUGCAGCCGAGCUGUCCAGGACCUGAUGGACCACCAGAUCUUCGUCUCCAUUCAGGGAAACCAGUUCAGACGCAAUGGAAUGGGAGAUUUAGGCACCUUUUUCUACUGACAAACAACUUCAACACACUGAACUUUUCUAUUGAAAAAAUGUCAGACUGGCUGGACGUCAAUACACGUCGGCAAUCAGAACUAGCAUGUGUCUUUUAAGAUCUUCCCCAGAGUUUAUUUAAUGGACAGUUUUUAGAUGAUUGCCUUUGUUUGGCAAGAAAUACAAUUAGCUGAUUCACACCCAUCCAUUGUGUUCUGCAGAGACAAUAAUGUUCCUGUGUAUCAAGUGUGUUGUGAUCCGACAAGCUGUGUUUCUAAAGCACUCUGGCUUCUGCCUGUU